CUGAGGUCUUCAAUCGUGAUAUUUUUCUCUACAGCUCCAGAUCCUCUUCUAUGGCAAGGGGUGGCUCCAGGAAAUUCUCAGGAACACAUGGAAGGACAUAACGACCAAGAGUCUAAGGAAGUAAACAAAUUUAGCUGGAUACAUCGGCACCCUUCAAAUUACCGAGACUGUGCUAGAAAGGAAUGAAAGUUACUGACAUGAGUAUCAUUUCUACUUCCAAGGAGAUAACUGCACGGUUGUACAAAGAAAUACAUUCCCAGGAAAUGGCCUCUAAAUCUUGGCUGAAUUUUUUAACUUUCCUCUGUGGAUCAGCAAUAGGAUUUUUCUUAUGUUCUCAACUCUUGAAUAUUUUGUUGCAAGAACAGGCUGACGUUCAGCCUAACAUGCUUCAUAAUGAUCCUCAUGCCAGACAUUCAGACGACAGUGGACAUAAUCACCUCAAAGGACAGAUGGACUUCAAUGCAGAUUCUAGCCAACAUAAAGAUGAGAACACAGACGUUGCUGAGAACCUCUAUCAGAAAGUUAAAGUUCUUUGUUGGGUUAUGACAAGCCCUCAAAAUCUAGAGAAAAAGGCCAAACACGUCAAAGCUACAUGGGCCCAGCGUUGUAAUAAAGUGUUAUUUAUGAGUUCAGAAGAAAAUAAAGACUUCCCUACUGUGGGGCUGGAAACCAAAGAAGGCAGAGAGCAACUGUACUGGAAAACAAUUAAAGCGUUUCAGUACGUACAUGACCAUUACUUAGAAGAUGCUGACUGGUUUAUGAAAGCAGACGAUGACACCUAUGUCAUACUGGACAAUCUGAGAUGGCUUCUAUCAAAGUAUAACCCUGAACAGCCCAUUUACUUUGGGAGAAGAUUUAAGCCCUAUGUGAAGCAGGGAUACAUGAGUGGAGGAGCAGGAUAUGUCCUAAGCAAGGAAGCCUUGAGAAGAUUUGUGGAUGCAUUUAAAACAGAAAAAUGUACGCACAGUUCCUCCAUUGAAGACUUGGCCCUGGGAAGGUGCAUGGAGAUUAUAAAGGUAGAAGCUGGAGAUUCCAGAGAUCCCACUGGGAAGGAAACCUUCCACCCCUUUGUACCAGAACACCACUUAAUCAAAGGCUAUCUGCCAAAAACAUUUUGGUACUGGAAUUACAACUACUAUCCUCCCGUAGAGGGUCCUGGUUGCUGUUCUGAUAUUGCAGUUUCUUUUCACUAUGUUGAUUCUACAACUAUGUAUGAAUUAGAAUACCUCGUUUAUCAUCUUCGUCCAUAUGGUUAUUUAUAUAGAUAUCAACCUGCCUUACCUGAGAAUAUACUAAAAGAAAUUAAUCAAGUAAACAAAAAGGAAGAUACAAAAAUAAAAUUAGGCAACCCCUGAAAGCAGACCAGGAGUGGACUGUGGUCAAAUGGUCUACAUUGCACUGAAGGACUCCUGCCUUUGUGACAGAACACUGAAAUCCCAGUGAGGAACUCAUCUGAAGUGGACAUUCCGUAUAGAAAGUUUUCAAAUGGAUGACUAUAAACUGAAGCAUUUAAAGAGCUGUGAAGUUUGCUAAAAUGUGUUUUGAUACAGUAAUAUAUAAAUAUAAAUAAAUCUAUAUGAAGAAUUUGUGUUUUUAAAUGGUGACAGAAGAGCUAGAAAGACUGACUGUUCCUGACAGUGUAUGUGGUUUUCCACUAAAGUUGGUUAGUUUGUAGUCACCUUCUGUACCACACAAGUUAGAACACACUGCUGAACAGAUCUGCCUUAAAAAAGAAAGAAAUACUAUUGCUCAGUAUUGUUUCUCAGCUAAUAUGUAUAUGCUACAAACCAGCCUUCCAAUUGCUGGAUGAAAACUUAUAAUUGGCAAUGUUUCCGCAAGAAAAAAUAGAGUAAAAAUGGCACUUACCCCAAAGUGCACUAAUGAACCACAUUUCUGAUAAUUAUGGGCCUUGACUGCAUUCCAUACUUAGUUCUCUAUAUAAUCAGUCUUACACCAAGUCCCCAUUGUCUCUUUUUGAAAUGUUUGACUCUUGAAUACCAUUUUCAUUAUUAAUACUUAUUUACUCAAAGCAUUGGCAGCAUUCUGUAAAAUAAUGCAUUUUUAAAUAUUUUGUUCCCAGAUUCAUCCAUUGUUAAUUGUAGGUAACAGUUGAAUUUAAUGCUGCUUGGACAAACUUUUCUUGUAUUGGCACCACGCUCAGGAACUAUUGAUUAUUUAGAAGUCUUUCCCAACUACAUAAUUGUUUCUUCUAUUUUCACCCUGUGGAGAUGAGACUUGUUUGUGCCUUUCAUAACUUGUUUAAAGCACUUUUAAAAUUAAUUUUUAUGUCUGAUGUGACAGGUAACACCGUCAAAAAUUUUUAAUUGCAGCUUUUGGCCAGAAUAAAUCUAAAACAUGAGCAAGUAAAGGGUACUUAGAGAAGCUAAAACGUCGAGUGCUUUGUUUAGAAAUCCGGACAUAUUUCCUGCUGACUUCUGAUUUGGGGAUAGGUCCUGCCAGCAGUAACUCCGUCAGAGCGAGCAGAGUCAGCCCCGUUCAGUCUGCUGUCAGGUAGUCUGUACCACUCCAGAUUGACUGGCUGCUUAAAGAGCUUCCGACAGGAUAGAACCUUAACUUUUUUGUGUCAUCAUCAACACUGAAUGUAGAGCAGAAUAUUUUACAGAUUUCCUAUAAGAUUGUUUUUAACUGUUAAUGAUUUACAUUUCCUCAUGCUAAUUUUGCCUGAUCAAUACACCACUGAGUCUAUAUCUUGGCUAAAUAAUAAAUAUAAUUUAUACUUAUGGUGCCAAAAUCAUAACCUUUAUAGGUGAUCUGCUUGGCAGGAUAUGUAUUUCAUUGGCUAGUUAUGGAUUACGCUGUCCCUGUAAUGAAACUACAAAGUCCAACUUACAGAUUUAAUUUGGUUUACGUUGUUCUUAUGGUGGUGCCAUCUACCAGUAUCCUACUUUCUAGUCUGCUUUUUGCACAGCUCUUUACCAUGGUUUGGAUAUGAAUUUGUCUGUAUUCCAUAUGGGCUACUCUUCUUUACUAGCAGAGUAAAUGAUUUAUCAUAAUCAUCCAAAAUUCUUAACAUUCAUUCAUAGCAAGUGAACGCUGCAAUGAAUCCUGGGCUGCAAAGCCAGGCAGCCUGGCUUUUAAGUUCCUCCUCCAUCACUAUUUAUGUAACCUUGAACAAUUACUUAAUUUCUCUGUGCCUCCAUUUCCUCAUCUAUAGAUUAGGGAUAAUGAUACUACCUACCUCACAGGAUUUUAAUGAGGAUCAUAUAAAUGAAUAUACAUAAAGUUAUUAGAACACUGGCUCAGAAAAGGGCAUGACUUUUAAGUAUACAGUUUUAUUCUGUUACCUUGGAGUGUAAGUAAUUUGAUUUAGAUGGAUGAAAUUAUCAACUGAGAUCUGAAGAAAUGGUUUGCACAUUUCUUACAAUAUGUAAUAUGUAGUAUUCAUCUAGUACCUGCUGUGUGCCAGAUGCUGGUCUUAUUCUGUAUGUUUGUGUUAAUCCUUAUAAUUGGGUGUUAGUCCCAUACUAUAGGUGAGGAGACUGAGGCUCAAAGAAUUCAAGUAAUGUUUCCACUGUCACAAAGCUAGUAAGUGAGAAGGCUGGGAUCUGUAAUCAAAACCUGUGUGUUGUUUGUAUUAUGUUAGCCUUAGGGUUAGUCACAUGAGUAUGUGGAAUAAUUACACACACAUACACGUAUGAAUAGUACGUAACUUCUGGAACUUUUGGCCAGCAAUAGUAAACAUUGGUCAGACAGCUAAAUGGGCAUGCUGAUUGUUAAAUUGUGAUUCUCGUACUCUAGCUAUAAGUUUGUCGAGAUGAACAUCUCAAGGUUUGAUUUUUAGCAUGGGGCCCUAGAGUAUGCAUUCUUACCAGAUGACUUCUAGUGAGAAUUAUUAAAGUAGCACUGCCGAGAGCUUGUUGGAGCUUGUUCUUCUCUUCACCCCAGCUCAGACCUAAGUCAGUUUGGUUUGAAAAAGCUCUGAAGGUUUAUUUUACUAAUCCUAUGUUGAGAACCAUUGCCUGUUUACCUACACGAUUUUGGUGCAAAUAGUCUUUGGAACACACUCAGGAUUUCUGCCCAGGAGAGAGGCAUUUUUCAAAGACUCUGAAAUAUGUGUUAAAUCAGUGUAGUCCAGGAUCAUACUAUAUUAAAAAAAUCUUAUAAAGUUUAAUGGGUCCAUGCAUCAUUGGUUUUGGCAAAAUUCUUCCCUUCACUCUAAUUGUUAUUACCAGGACCUUAAAAAAAAUCUAUAAUUCUACAAGUUUAGUCAUUUCACACUGAGUAGAAAGGGUUCAGUGAGUACUAAUAUGUACAUAUGAAUUCAUUAAAACAUAUGUAAAUGAAUAUCAUGAAAAAAAUGUCCACUAGUUACUGAAAUUUCCAAUAGAAAUAGAAAAAUGCUACUUUAUAAUAUGCCAAGUAUUUUCUGCUAAUUUAUAUUGUCAGUAUAAGUAAGUUUUGUCACUUUCAAAACCUAUGUACCUAUCCUGUGAUCUAAUGAAGCAAAAAAAAAAAAAUUCUCCCAAAUAUUUGAUAGAGCACAUAAAACAAGAUUUUAUGGUGAAAUGAUUAAUUCACUAUCUUUUAGAUAAAGAUCUCUGUCACAUGAAUAAUUGAUUGUAGUGUGGUUUCAAGAAGACAUAAGACUUUUAGUAAAGUCUUAUGUUAUCUAUUAAUAAUAUGCUUGUGUUUUUCUAGUGAGCAGCUCAUAGAUACGAAGCAGGUUUUUACCCCAGAGUUUUGGCUGUUUGAACAUAUCUAAAUUUCACAGAUCAGUUUGUUACUACAAAAGGAUUCAAAAAUAAAUCACUGACCAGUUCAUACUAUGUCUUGAAUAUGGUAAUUGGGUUUGAGCAUUACAGUGUUUGCUAACUGGUUGUGUUCAUAGUUGUUUUUUGAGGUUUGCUUUGUUUUUUGUUUUGUUUUUACACUCUUAGCCUGUCAAACUGUAUUGCUAGAUUGAGGCCCUGUUAUACUUGAAAGACAUCUGCACUUGGUUUGUCAGAUCCUACCUAGCUUUGUUCUUGCACUUUCAGUUUCAUUCUGUUUUUGAUAGUUCCUUCAUGCUUAACUUCUAGUUACUUGGAGUAGUUGAUUUGGGUGAUCAGAAUGUUUAUCCUUUAAGAUAGUUUUAUACCUAGCACAGGUUUCCCAUGAGACUAAAAGUCCAACAAUAGUCUGCUGACUCUCAGGCUAUUUGCCCUAAUUGAACUUGUACAACCUAAAACAAUUCUACAUCUAUAAUUAAGAAAGCAAAGUUAUUUACCCCCCCUCUUAAAAGCAAAAGGCAAACACAUUGCCUUCGUUUCUAUUGUUUUGUAUUAGGACUUAAAGAAACAUCAUGAGAAAUAUGGGAGACAAGCUGUGGUAUAUUUUACACUAAUGUAACCUCUUGAUUAAAAAUGAUUUACAGUUCUAUAUCAGCUGUAUUGACAUUUUAACACCAAUGGAAGUGAGAACUUUGUACAGAUUCUCUUUAGAGAAGCAACUGUAAAAUCAGCAUCAGAGUUGAAUGUACUUCAUUUCGACUCCCUUACCUCCUUUGAGUUUUCAGUUACAUUAAAGUUUUCAGUUACAUUAAUUAAGUUUGAGUAACUUUGCAGGGCUCUAUAAAUUAAUGAUCUACAUGAAGUGUAUUAUUAGAGGGAAACUAAUCUUACUGCUAAGCAGUGUGUUGUAUUAUACAGUAAAUGUUUGUGUUUGGGAAUUUAAAAAUUAUUUAAAGUAGUAGUGUCAAUGAAGGGUUUAAAAAUGUCUGGUGACUUGCUUAUUUUAAGUGAUCACCAUUAAGUCAGAAAAAAUGUAUUUUUAAAUGUUUUUUAAAGUGCCUUUUGAGAAUUUUUAAACAAUUGAUUCAAACAACUGCAUAAAAUAAACUACCAUGUUCAAAAA